AUGACUUCUCCUCAGCAUGGACGGAAUGAAGCAUUAAAUACCACUUCGGAAGGCUAUUAUAACCAAACUGAAAAAUCCAAAGAGGAAGACGAAAUCAGGCGGACGGAGGGCUUAAAUCCUAGCGACGAUGAACCGCCCACCGUAUUCGAACCGGUCCGGCCUGGUGACCGCGAAGAACUUACCAGGAUCGCGUCGUUUUUAUCUUCGCGGCGCCCUAGUACCUUAGGUCGCCGUGACAGUGCUGCUAUUACGCGCAUGGACACAAUCGACGAGAUGGCUCUCGAAGAUCCGCGAAUUGAUCCGGGUAAUCCCAAAUUUGAUGCCUACCUAUGGUCUCGGAAGAGGUUGCGCAUAUUACAACAAGAAGGGAUGGAAUUUCCUAGGGCAGGUGUCACAUUCAAGAACUUGAAUGUGUCUGGUUCUGGUGAAGCAUUGCAGUUGCAGGAGACAGUGGGCUCGUAUCUGACUGCGCCGUUGCGACCUGGGAAAUUCUUUAGUUUUGCGAAGAAAACGGAACACAAGACAAUCCUCCGCAAUUUCGAUGGGGUCAUCAAAGGUGGUGAGCUUUUGAUGGUGCUAGGACGACCGGGCAGUGGUUGCUCCACCUUUCUGAAGACCAUUUCUGGAGAACUACAUGGUCUAAACCUCGACAAGGACUCGACCAUCCACUACAAUGGCAUCGGGAUGAAAAAAAUGCACUCAGAGUAUAAAGGAGAAGUCUUGUAUAACCAGGAGGUCGACAAACAUUUCCCUCAUCUUACUGUUGGCCAAACGCUAGAAUUUGCCGCAACAGCUCGCGCCCCAUCCAAACGAGUGCUCGGACAGACUCGUGCAGAUUAUGUGAGAGAUGUCACUCAAGUCGUUAUGGCAGUCUUUGGUCUUUCGCACACGUACAACACAAUUGUCGGAAACGACUACGUACGCGGAGUGUCUGGUGGUGAGAGGAAGCGUGUUAGUAUCGCCGAAAUGGCUCUUGCCAGAGCACCAAUCGCUGCCUGGGACAAUAGUACUCGUGGAUUAGAUGCCGCCAGUGCGUUGGAAUUUGUGAAGGCAUUGCGCAUGGCGUCCAAUCUCGCCGGAAGCUGUCAUAGCGUUGCCAUCUAUCAAGCUUCCCAAGCGAUAUAUGACGUAUUCGAUAAGGUCACUGUACUAUACGAAGGGCGUCAAAUAUACUUUGGUCCCUGCAAUCGCGCCGAGCAAUACUUCUCAAAAAUGGGAUGGGCUAAACCAUCGCGUCAAACAACUGGUGAUUUCUUGACGUCCGUCACCAAUCCACAGGAACGUCGGGCGCGAGAUGGGAUGGAGAAGCAAGUUCCUCGCACGCCGGAUGAAUUCGAAGCAUAUUGGAAGAAAAGUCCCGAGUACGCUGCUGUAUUGCAAGAAAUCAAGGACCAUGAGGCACAAUUUCCGGUCGGUCAUGUUGCAGAAAAGGAUCUGGCUGAGAAGAAGCAUGGUCAACAAGCGAAGCAUGUCCGGCCUAAAAGCCCGUACCUCAUGUCUAUUUGGAUGCAGAUCCGGCUCUGUACUAAGAGAGCUUACCAAAGGAUAUGGAACGACAAAGCUACGACUUUGACCACGGUUCUCGGACGAAUCUUUAUGGCUUUAAUUGUCGGUUCGAUUUUUUACGGAACUCCAGCGGCCACAGCCGGCUUUCAAAGUAAAGGCGCGGUCCUGUUUUUCGCGGUCCUGUUGAACGCGCUUAUCAGCAUCACGGAGAUCAACUCACUAUACGAUCAACGUCCCAUUAUUGAGAAACAGGCGUCAUACGCAUUUGUACAUCCGUUUGCCGAAGCUAUGGGCGAUAUCAUGGCCGAUCUGCCCAUCAAAUUCGCCAGUGCGGCCGCAUUCAACAUCGUUCUGUAUUUCCUCGCAGGUCUACGCUAUGAACCAUCUCAAUUCUUCAUCUUUUUCCUCUUCACUUUCAUCGCAACGCUAGCCAUGUCCGCCAUUUUCAGAACACUAGCUGCCGCAACAAAAAGUCUAGCACAAGCGAUGGCGUUGGCCGGUGUCAUGGUCCUCGCUAUCGUCAUCUACACUGGAUUCGUGAUUCCGGGUCCCCAGAUGCAUCCAUGGUUCUCGUGGAUUCGUUGGAUCAACCCGGUGUUUUAUACUUUCGAAGCCCUUGUCGCCAACGAAUUCCAUGGACGCGAAUUUAUUUGUUCGAAUUUCGUUCCGGCAUACCCUAACUUGGCGGGUGAUACAUUUGUCUGUUCUGCCACUGGCUCGGUAACUGGUCGACGCACGGUAUCCGGUGAUCAAUAUAUUCAAUAUCAAUACAACUAUUCAUAUUCGCACGAGUGGAGGAACUUUGGCAUUUUGAUCGCUUUCUGGAUCUUUUUCAUGUUCACCUAUCUGACAUGCACGGAACUCAACUCGGCCACUUCAUCGACUGCCGAGUUUUUGGUCUUCCGCCGCGGGCGUGUACCAGCAUAUAUGACCAAGUCAGACAACGACGUCAAAAACGGAACCAUCGAGGUGCCUACAGGUGAUUCCGAGAGUGCAAAGGAAGAAGUAGUAAACAUGCUUCCUGAACAACGAGACAUCUUCACAUGGCGGAAUGUCUGCUACGAUAUUCCCGUCAAAGGAGGCCAGCGUCGACUGUUGGACAAUGUAUCCGGCUGGGUCAAACCAGGAACGCUCACGGCGCUCAUGGGGGUUUCGGGCGCUGGAAAGACGACACUUCUCGACGUCCUCGCACAGCGCGUCUCCAUCGGCGUGGUGACAGGAGACAUGUUCGUCAACGGCAAGCCUUUGGAUGCUAGUUUCCAGCGUAAAACUGGGUACGUCCAACAGCAAGAUCUUCAUCUCCAGACCAGUACCGUAAGGGAGGCCCUACGCUUCAGCGCAGCAUUGCGACAGUCGAAAAGUACCCCCCUCUCCGAAAAAUACGAAUACGUCGAGGACGUGAUCAAAAUGCUUAAUAUGGAAGACUUUGCAGAGGCAGUCGUCGGAACACCAGGUGAAGGACUCAAUGUCGAGCAGCGUAAACUUCUCACCAUCGGCGUUGAGCUAGCUGCGAAACCGGCAUUGUUACUAUUUCUGGAUGAGCCUACCAGUGGACUAGACUCUCAAAGCUCAUGGUCCAUCUGUGCGUUUUUGCGUAAACUGGCGGAUCAUGGCCAAGCAGUGCUUUCGACUAUCCAUCAGCCGAGUGCGAUUUUGUUUCAGCAGUUUGAUAGGUUGUUGUUUUUGGCCAAGGGUGGUAAGACUGUUUACUUUGGCGAUAUCGGUAAGGACUCAAGGACAUUGCUUGACUAUUUUGAGGCAAACGGAGCGCGAAAGUGUGAUGCUGCCGAGAAUCCUGCCGAGUAUAUGCUUGAAAUCAUCGGCGCAGGUGCAAGCGGUAAAGCGACUCAGGAUUGGCCCACUGUCUGGAAAGAAUCGCAAGAAGCGAAGAACAUCCAGACAGAGCUCGAUGAGAUCCAUGCGCACCAUGCCGCAACUACUCCUAACGGUACUGAGACUCUAACAACCAAGUCCGAUCAGAGCGAAUUUGCAAUGCCCUUUAUCGACCAAGUCUGGCACGUUGUCAUUCGUGUCUUCCAGCAAUAUUGGCGUGAUCCUCAGUAUAUUUUCGCAAAGCUUGUGCUUGGUCUUGCAUCGUCUCUGUUCAUUGGAUUCUCGUUCUUUUUGCCGAACAAUAGUAUCCAGGGAUUCCAGGAUGUUCUCUUCAGCACAUUCAUGCUGACGUCCAUUUUUUCCACGCUCGUGCAACAAAUCAUGCCCCGAUUCGUCAACCAACGCUCCCUCUAUGAAGUCCGCGAACGCCCCUCAAAAGCGUAUUCCUGGGCCGCCUUCCUCAUCGCCAACAUUGUUGUCGAAAUUCCAUAUCAGAUUAUGUUAGGUAUCUUAGUCUGGGCCUGCUACUACUUCCCAAUCUUCGGCGCAAACCAAUCCGCACUACAACAAGGGUUGAUGUUACUAUUCGUCGUUCAGUUCUUCAUUUUCGCAUCUACUUUUGCGGAUCUCGUUAUUGCGGCAAUGCCGAAUGCACAGAUGGCGGGUACUAUUGCGACGCUUGCUUUCUCGCUAACGUUGACUUUUAAUGGUAUCAUGCAGCCUCCCAACGCGUUGCCUGGGUUUUGGAUUUUCAUGUAUCGCGUUUCGCCCUUGACGUAUCUGAUUGCGGGAAUGACUGGUAAUGGUCUUGAUGGUCGGGUAGUGAGGUGUUCAGACCAUGAGUUGAGUGUGUUUAACCCUCCUUCUGGUACGACGUGUGGUGCAUACCUGCAACGAUAUCUUGAACUUGCUCCAGGCAAGCUCUACAAUCCUGAUGCCAUGAGUGAUUGCCACUACUGCUCAUUGCAAAGCGCAAAUCAGGUCCUCGCCAGCAGCAACAUUUACCCAGGUGAACGGUGGCGCAACUGGGGUAUCGGAUGGGCAUACAUUGGCUUCAAUAUUUUCGGCGCCGUUGCUCUUUAUUAUGCCUUCCGUGUCAAGCAUUACAAUCCAACCUCGAUCGUGAGAGGGAUACAUGAUGCAGGAAGAUUCGUUGGACGUAUGUUCAGUAGAAAAUCGGAGACUCCCACAGGCCGCAAAGCUCAGGAUGGGCGUGUUUUUUAAUAUUUUCGCUCUUUCUUUCUCAUUUAUUUUGUUGACUAGUAUUCG